AUGGAAUUCAUCCUAUACUACUACACACCCUCUGCUGCGGCAGCAGGCAUCUUUGUGGUUCUGUUCGGCAUCAGCACUGUCUUGCACUUUCUCCAGCUGGUCCGCACCAGAACAUGGUUCAUGAUCCCCUUCUUCAUCGGCGGAAUCUUGGAAACGAUUGGAUAUGUUGGUCGUCUGCUCUCAUCGCUCGAAAGCCCCGAAUACAGCACGGGCUCGUAUGCCAUGCAAAGCGCCCUUAUCCUCAUCGCCCCGGCUUUCCUGGCGGCGAGUAUUUACAUGACCCUCGGUCGCAUUAUCCGGCUGGUACAAGCAGAACACUACUCGGUGUUCAAAGUGAAGUGGGUGACAAAGAUCUUUGUCGCGGGCGAUGUUCUUUCCUUCCUGAUGCAAGCGUCUGGCGCUGGUCUCAUGGUCAGUGGCUCGAGCGACCCAACCACGGGCGAGCACAUUAUCAUCGGCGGUCUUUUUGUUCAAAUUAUCUUCUUCGGCUUCUUUAUCAUCACAGCGCUCGUCUUUCAAAUGCGACUGGCAAAGGCUCCCACUAGCACCUCGACGGAACUGUCGCACAUCUGGCGUCGCCAUAUGAACGCCCUCUACAUCUCCAGCAUCCUCAUCUUUGUCCGUUCCAUCGUCCGUGUGGUAGAAUAUCUCCAAGGAUACGACGGCUACCUUAUGAAACACGAGGUUUUCAUCUAUGUAUUUGAUGCGCUGCUGAUGUUCCUGGCGAUGGAGGUACUCCAGUUCAUCCACCCUAGCCAGGUCAACUGCUAUCUGGGGCGCGGAGACCGUUACUCCGACAAGGUGAUUAAGACGCAAAAGUUCAUGUCGGUGCCGGUGGAGAUGGAGGUUUCGUCCGUUUGA